AAUAAACAGGCUGUGUGUGUGUCGAUGCCUCCGUCCGUGACACACACACACACACACACACACACACACACACACGUCUGCUGGAAGUUGGAGGAGCUGCGUGCGUCAUGUGCUGCGGCUGCAGACCCGAUCAGCCUUCUCAUCAUUAUAGUUCACGCAAAAACUGAAAGGCAGAGAUUUUUUUUGCGCGCGGACUGAAUUCCAAAGAGACAGCCGGUCUCCUCCCUUUCAUUUAUUUUUUAGUCUCCAUCCAUUCACCGAUCCAUCCAUCUCUCUAUCCAUCUAUCCAUCCGUCCGUCUGUCCGUAGAGGAGGCCGUGAGGAGCUCUAGCUGCUCCAAUGAGAGACGGAGAAAGGACGCGCUUGCAGGACAUUCAGGCUCAUCGGUGCGGACGGAGGUAGAGACUUGUUUUCUGGGCGGUGGAUGGUGGAUGGUGGAUGGUGAGGGACUCUUUCGGCUCUGCUGCACCUCGACCAGCCCAAACCAAAGACAUGAGAGGCUGCAAGACGGCGACGGAGGAGGAGAAGCGGCCGUCGUACCUUUGUCUUUGACGACGCGCAGGUGAUGGAGAAGAAGAAGAUGAGGGAGGAUUGUACCACAUUCAUUUGAGGAAAAAAUAUUUCAUCUUCAGCAUCUCUCGACAACAAUGACGCGGACAUUUCAAAGGAAAACGGUAUUUUUCUUUCUCCUUUCUACUCGAGGUUGAGAAAAAAAAAAGACGCAUUGAUAACAAAUGUCACAUUUAGUCUCCAGGCUUUUUAUCAGAGCGCACUGCUAGAAUAAAGAUAACUGUAACUAGUAUCGCCACACACACUGUGCCAAACAUUGCGGAUGUUUCUUAUAUAAAUAAAUAAUAGUAGUCCCUUUUUUUCAAUACCUUUUCAAGUCUCCAACAUGCAGAGUUGAACGUCACUGACGGCUACAGCUGCAGGAGGGGAAUUAUUUAACAUUUUAUUGUCGACUGAUUUCUUUAUUGAGGCCUGUGUGACAUUAGAGAGGCGGUUACAUUGCUGUCAUGAGAGUAAAUGAAUAAGUGGUCCAGCAGAGAGGUGCAGGAGGCUCUGAGGCAGGCAUGAAGCAACCGACCAUGGACAACAUGAAACAUUCAUGGACAGUCUCCACAUGAUUCCAUGUUGGAGGCGACUCCUGCUUCAUAGGGACACAAUAAGAAGCGACUGAGACCGAGACACCCUACAGCAUAUAUACCCUGCAGAGCAACCAGCCAGCCAACCCACUACACAUUGCAUUUCCUCACACCCACAAUCCUCGUCUGCAGAAAGCAUCUCUGAGAUCUGCUCUCAGGUGUUCAUCUUCAGCUUUUCUUUACAAAGACAAACCCGUUUUGUGCAUAAGAGACGUUCCGACCCAGAUGGGAUGUAAUGUUGUGUGGCUGCACAGCUGAGCAUUGGUCUCCUUCUUCUCCGCUGCUGCUUCGUGAAGAUUGGCUUUCGGUGUGUAGAGAAUGGCGCGGUUCGGAGACGAAGUGCCGUCCAGGUAUGGCGGUGGUGGUGGUGGCGGUGGCGGAGGCCCUGGCGGUGGUGGCGGAGGCCCUGGCGGCCGAGGCGGGAGCAGGCAAGGAGGACCUCACGGACACGGUCACGGACACGGUCACGGCCACGGUCAUGGCCACGGUCCACCCGGAGGACCCGGGGGCCAGAGAGUGUACAAGCAGUCUAUGGCGCAGAGAGCCCGGACCAUGGCCCUCUAUAACCCCAUCCCAGUGCGACAGAACUGCUUCACUGUCAACCGCUCGCUCUUCAUCUUCAGUGAGGAUAACUUCGUCAGAAAAUACGCCAAAAAGAUCACCGAAUGGCCUCCAUUUGAGUGGAUGAUUCUUGCCACAAUCAUCGCCAACUGCAUCGUCUUGGCUCUGGAGCAACAUUUACCCGAUGGCGACAAGACGCCGCUGUCUGAGCGUCUGGAUGAUACUGAGCCGUACUUCAUAGGCAUCUUUUGUUUUGAGUCUGGGAUAAAGAUCCUGGCGCUUGGAUUCGCCUUUCACAAGAACUCCUAUCUGAGGAACGGAUGGAAUGUCAUGGACUUCGUGGUGGUGCUCACAGGGAUUCUGUCCACUGUGGGUUCAGAUUUCGACUUGCGGACCCUGAGGGCUGUGCGAGUACUGAGGCCCCUCAAACUGGUGUCCGGUAUUCCCAGCCUACAGGUAGUCCUCAAAUCCAUCAUGAAGGCCAUGAUCCCUCUGCUGCAGAUAGGCUUGCUUCUUUUCUUCGCCAUCCUUAUGUUCGCCAUUAUCGGCCUAGAGUUCUACAUGGGCAAGUUCCAUACGACCUGCUUCGACAAUCACACGGGUGAGAUCCGAGAAGAGUUUCCGUGUGGGACGGAGCUUCCGUCACGGCUGUGUCCUGAGGGCACCAUGUGCAGACAGUACUGGCUGGGACCAAACUACGGCAUCACCCAGUUCGACAACAUACUGUUUGCUAUCCUCACCGUCUUCCAGUGUAUCACCAUGGAGGGCUGGACUGAACUGCUCUACUAUAGCAACGAUGCCUCAGGGAGUGCAUGGAACUGGAUGUACUUCAUCCCCCUCAUCAUCAUCGGCUCCUUCUUCAUGCUCAACCUGGUGCUGGGUGUGUUAUCCGGUGAGUUUGCCAAAGAGAGAGAGCGUGUGGAGAACAGGAGUGAGUUCCUGAAGCUCAGAAGACAACAGCAGAUCGAGCGGGAACUCAAUGGUUAUCUGGAAUGGAUCUGCAAAGCUGAAGAGGUCAUCUUGGCGGAUGAUGACAAUGAAAAGGAAUAUGAUGGCUCCCGGAGAAGAGCCACAAAGAACCAUAAGAGCAAAGCUGAACUGCUCAACCCCGAGGAAGGGGAGGGAGAUCUGGCAGUAGGCUCGCCGUUUGCCCGUGCCAGCUUGAAGAGCUCCAAGCUGGAAGGAUCGGAUUUCAAGCGGCGGGAGCGCCGGCUACGCUUCGUCAUCCGGCACAUCGUCAAGUCCCAGGCCUUCUACUGGACCGUGCUGUGUCUGGUGGGCCUCAACACCAUGUGUGUGGCUGUGGUGCACUACGACCAGCCAGACCCACUGUCAGAUUUUCUAUAUUUUGCUGAAUUAAUCUUCCUGGGGAUAUUCUUGACGGAGAUGAUGGUAAAGAUGUACGGCCUGGGGAAGCAGGCCUACCUCAACUCCUCCUUCAACUGCUUCGACUGCAUUGUGAUAUGCGGUAGUAUAUUUGAAGUGCUGUGGUCCAUCAUCCAGCCGGGCACGUCGUUUGGCAUCAGUGUGCUACGAGCUCUCAGGUUAUUGAGGAUUUUCAAAGUCACCAAGUACUGGGCAUCUUUGCGUAACCUCGUCGUGUCUCUGCUCAACUCCAUGAAGUCCAUCAUCAGCUUGCUCUUCCUCCUCUUCCUCUUCAUAGUUGUCUUUGCCCUGCUGGGCAUGCAGCUCUUCGGAGGACAGUUUAAUUUUGAAAAUGGCACUCCUCCGACCAACUUCGACACCUUCCCCGCAGCAAUAAUGACGGUGUUUCAGAUCCUGACGGGCGAGGACUGGAACAUGGUGAUGUACGACGGCAUCAAGUCUCAGGGAGGAGUCAACAAGGGCAUGGCCUUCUCUGUCUUCUUCAUCGUCCUGACACUCUUCGGAAACUACACUCUGCUGAAUGUGUUCUUGGCCAUCGCUGUGGACAAUUUAGCCAACGCACAGGAACUCACCAAGGAUGAGCAGGAGGAAGAGCAGGCUGCCAGUAAGAAGAACGCCCUGCAGAAAGCCAAGGAGGUGGCUGAAGUCAGCCCGCUGUCUGCUGCCAACCUCUCCAUCGCAGCCAACAAAGUACACAGUGAGUGUCACAACGCUACCGACCCCUUUCUGGACUGUAAAGAGCAGCAGAAGAACAACAAGGGGGGGAUCAACAAGUCGGUGUGGGAGCAACGGACCAAGGAGCUGAGGAGGCAGACCCUGGUGUCCAGCCGCGAGGCCCUCUACAACGAGCUGGACUCUGACGAACGCUGGAAGGCAAGGACAGGGAGGGAGGAGCAAAACAAUGUGAACUUCUCACGUCAAGUCCGUCCAGACAUGAAGACCCACCUGGAUCGCCCGUUGGUGGUUGACCCCCACGAGAACCGCAACAACAACACCAACAAGACCACCGCCAACAAUUCAGACCUCUGCGUCAGCCAGCACCAUCCUGCCGAUGAGCUCCACAGACAAACACGCCUCCACGAACACGGCGGCCAAGUCGGAGGGGGUGGCGGCGGUGGUGGUGGAAGCUCCGGUCCGGUCAGGCCUCCCUUGGAGCGGGGCGAGUCCUCAGAGAGCAGGCGGAGUCGCAGCAAAGGCGAGCACCACCACCACGCCUCUCACGUCCGACUGGACGCCACGGUGAUUCCCGGGCCAGGCUCGGAGGAGCGGCCUUCCAGGCGCCACCACCACACGCGGAGCGGCAGUCGAGGCGGAGUAGGGCAGUCGGAGCACAGGAAGCCCAGGUCGCAUCGAAAGAGCGCAGAAGGCGGCGAGGACGGCGGGGGAGGAGGUUGCAAAACGGGGAGACACAAGAACAAAGGGGUUGACGGAGGUGGAGAAGGAGGAGAGCAGGAGGGAGCUGGGGAUGGCGGCGAGAGGAGGCCAAGAAGAAGUCGCCAUGGCAACCAAACCGAGGGCGAGGGGAAGAGGAUGUGCCAGCACAGAAGGAAGGAUUGCAGUGUCCCUAACCUGUCCACCACGCGGCCCAUUCAAAAGAGCCUCUCCAGGCAGGACAGCCAGUACAGUGAGGAUAUGGACAACCUCAUGAAUACCAAGCUGGUGUCCGGCUCCACCCCGCCCAGCGACGUACACCCUAAUCCAGUCCCCAACCGCACCGUGGCCCCUGGCUUUGGAUCUGCCCUCCAUCUCGCCAACAGUGGCGCUCAUGGGAGUUUGGUCACAUUAGAUAGCUACGGGAGCAUCGCCCAUCACCGUACCAACAGCGUCAUCAGGCUGCCGCACCCUGACUACACAGCUCUAGACAUGCCAAUCUUUCCAUCCACCAACGCCAUACUGCAGGUCAAUAAGAAUGCCAACACGGAACCUCUGCCAGCGAAAGAGGAUAAAGACGAUGAUGAUGAUGAGAAAGGAGGUGAAGGAGGAAUCAAGCCCAUGCCUCCCUUCAGCUCCAUGUUCAUCCUGUCCACCACCAACCCGUUUCGGCGGGCGUGUCACUAUAUCUGCACCCUGCGUUACUUUGAGAUGUGCAUCCUGCUGGUCAUCGCCAUGAGCAGUAUCGCCCUGGCUGCUGAAGACCCCGUCUGGCCCGAAUCCCCUCGCAACAAUGUUCUACGUUAUUUUGACUACGUCUUCACAGGAGUAUUCACAUUUGAGAUGCUGGUAAAGAUGGUGACUCUAGGGCUGGUCUUGCACCAGGGUUCUUAUUUCCGGGACUUGUGGAACAUCCUUGACUUUAUUGUGGUUAGUGGUGCUCUGGUGGCCUUCGCCUUCACCAGCGGCGGCGGGGGGAGCAGUAAGGGAAAAGACAUCAGCACUAUCAAGUCUCUGAGGGUGCUGAGAGUGUUACGACCUCUGAAGACUAUUAAACGUCUUCCCAAACUCAAGGCCGUGUUCGACUGCGUGGUGAACUCUCUGAAGAAUGUGCUGAACAUCCUGAUCGUCUACUUGCUCUUCAUGUUCAUCUUCGCCGUGGUGGCCGUGCAGCUCUUCAAGGGGCGCUUCUUUUACUGCACUGACGAGUCCAAAGAGUUUGAGCGCGAUUGCAGGGGCGAGUAUCUGGUGUAUGAACGUGAUAACGAAGUGAAGGCGCAGAAGCGGGAGUGGAAGAAGUACGAUUUCCACUACGACAACGUGGCUUGGGCCCUCCUCACCCUCUUCACCGUGUCUACCGGAGAGGGGUGGCCGCAGGUGCUGAAGCAUUCAGUGGAUGCGACUUAUGAGAACCAGGGCCCGAGCCCGGGGUACCGGAUGGAAAUGUCCAUCUUUUACGUGGUGUACUUCGUGGUCUUCCCCUUCUUCUUCGUCAACAUCUUCGUGGCUCUCAUCAUCAUCACCUUCCAAGAGCAAGGAGACAAGAUGAUGGAGGACUACAGUUUAGAAAAGAAUGAGAGAGCCUGUAUAGACUUUGCCAUCAACGCCAGGCCCCUGACUCGCCACAUGCCUCAGAACAAGCUGAGCUUUCAAUACCGAAUGUGGGAGUUUGUGGUGUCGCCGCCGUUUGAGUAUACUAUCAUGGCGAUGAUCGCGCUCAACACUGUCGUGCUGAUGAUGAAGUAUGACGGAGCUUCUGAUACCUAUGAAGCUGUGUUAGCCAACCUGAACAUAGUGUUUACCUCCCUCUUCUCAAUGGAGUGUGUACUCAAGAUCAUCGCCUUUGGAGUACUGAAUUAUUUCAAAGAUGCCUGGAACAUUUUUGACUGUGUGACAGUUCUGGGCAGCAUCACCGACAUCCUGGUGACGGAGCUCGGGAUGAAUAAUUUCAUCAACCUAAGUUUCCUGAGGCUGUUCAGGGCAGCUCGUCUCAUCAAGCUGCUACGGCAAGGAGAAACCAUCCGUAUCUUGCUCUGGACCUUCGUUCAGUCCUUCAAGGCUCUGCCGUACGUCUGCCUCCUCAUUGCCAUGCUGUUCUUCAUUUACGCCAUCAUCGGGAUGCAGCUGUUUGGGAAUAUCGCUAUUGAAGAAGAAGGAGAGAGCGCCAUCACCCAACACAACAACUUCAGGACCUUCGUACAGGCUCUCAUGCUGCUCUUCAGGAGCGCAACGGGAGAGGCGUGGCACGAGAUCAUGCUGUCGUGUCUGGGGAACAAGGAAUGCGACCAUAUGUCAGGAAACAGAGAUCCAGAGUGCGGCAGCCAGUUUGCAUACCUCUACUUCGUCUCCUUCAUCUUCUUCUGUUCAUUCUUGAUGCUGAAUCUGUUUGUAGCUGUCAUCAUGGACAACUUUGAGUACCUGACCAGAGACUCGUCCAUCCUGGGACCUCACCACCUGGAUGAGUAUGUCAGGAUAUGGGCCGAGUAUGAUCCUGCCGCCUGCGGGCGCAUUCAUUAUAAGGACAUGUACAGUUUAUUACGAGUUAUCGACCCGCCUCUCGGCUUAGGCAAGAAAUGCCCCCAUAGGGUGGCCUGCAAGAGACUGCUCCGCAUGGACCUGCCCGUGGCCGACGACAACACGGUCCACUUCAACUCCACCCUCAUGGCGUUGAUCCGCACGGCGCUGGACAUCAAGAUCGCCAAGGGUACGGAAGGUGGCGUCGACAAGCACCAGAUGGACGCAGAGCUGAGGAAAGAGAUGAUGGCGAUCUGGCCCAACCUCUCCCAGAAGACUCUGGAUUUGCUGGUGACGCCGCACAAGUCAGCCACAGACCUGACAGUGGGGAAAAUCUACGCCGCCAUGAUGAUCAUGGAGUACUACCGGCAGAGCAAGAUCAAGCGCUCGCAGGCUCUUCGUGAUGAGCAGAAUCGAACGCCAUUACUGUUUCAGCGCGUGGAGCCACCGUCCCCCACCCAGGAUGGGGGUCCGGGACUUAACAACGCCCUCCCUCCACCUGAGACAACGGAGACUGUCAACAGCCUACCGGUGGAGGGGGGGGUCCCGGAGAGCCAAUCAUGGGUGACGGCUCGUGCUCAGGAGAUGUCCCAGAAGGUCGGCAGCUGGAGCCCUGAGGGACACCCUGUGGACGGCCUGGGAAACAUGAGCAACUCUCAGACGGUAGAGAUGAGAGAGAUGGAGCAGGAUGGUUACUCGGAUACCGAGCACUUUCCACCAAUGGAAGGCCACGGCAGGGCCGCUUCCAUGCCCCGCCUCCCAGGCGACAACCAACAGCGGAGGAAAGGGAGACAACGUGGCAGUAACCUCAGUACCAUCAACGACAGCAGUCCCAUGAAGCGCUCGGCCUCGUCGCUGGGCCACAGCAGGUCCGGGCGGGGCCACCGAGACAAAGGAGGGGCGGACGACUACAACAUGGAGCGAGUACCCGAGGAGGGGAGGACUCCCAGACACGGACACCGGCGAAAAGACCGGAGUCACCGGGCGUCCGAGAGGUCCCUCUGUCGCUACACAGAGGCUGACACAGGUCUGGGCACAGACCUGAGCACCACCACCCAGUCGGGCGACCUCACGUCCAAAGACAAGGAUCGCGACAGAGAUCGCGGCCGGUCCAAAGACCGUAAGCACCACCACCAUCACCACCACCACCACGGCGGCGGCGGCGGCUCCGUGGACAAGGAGCGCUACGUCCCAGAGCGAGGAGGAGGAGGUGGAGGAGGAGGAGGAGGAGGGGGCACGGAGUACGGCCACAGGCACGCCCGCGACAGAGAGCAUGACCGGGAGCACGACCGGGAGCACGAGCGGGAGCACGACCGGGAGCACGAGCGGGAGCACGACCGGGAGAGGGACCGGGACCGGCGCUGGUCACGGUCGCCCAGCGAGGGUCGUGAGUGCCUGACGCACAGACAGGGCAGUAGUUCGGUCAGCGGAAGUCCCGUCCCCUCGACCUCGGGGACCAGUACGCCACGUCGAGGCCGUCGACAGUUGCCUCAGACCCCCGCGACGCCCCGGCCCCACGUUACCUACUCCCCCGUUGUCCGUAAGGCCAUGCCCACGCCGCCCACGGGGCCGCAGGGCCGACCCCCGGCCCCGGCCCCCCGACGCUUUUCUCCCGAGCCCCCCCAGGGCCAAGGCCCUCCGCCCGCUGGCCUCCCGCCGGCCCACCACGGCACGGCACGCCAGGGCCACCAUCCCCCGCCUCGCUGGGGAGACACAGGUGGAGGCGGCGGCGGAGGCGGUGGCGGCGGCGGCUCCGUGGAAGGGGACGGCUGCUUCUACAACCAGGACUACCAGGACUACGAGCCCCACCAUGAACCGCCUGCCUAUGAGCAGAACCCCAUGCAAGGUGGCAACCCCCACCCCCACCCCCAUUCCCUGCCGCCUCCCCCACAACCACAGCCACAUAACCCCCACCCCCUCCCUCCACCGCAGCCCCACCCUGUAAACAACCCCCACCCUCACCCGCCGCCCAGUCGCACCUCACCCAGGACUGCCGGCCACGCGCCCCCUCCCACCACCGCCCUGACCGGGCCCGUACAGGGCCAGAUGCAGCCUGCCGCUCAGCGCCGCCUGCCCAACGGCUACCGCUCUUCAUCGCCUUCCACACACCCCCACGGACCCCCCCACACUGGGCCUCACAAGGUCCCCCCUCCAGCCGGGCAUCCUAGAGGUCCCCGCAAGGGCCUGCACGAACCCUAUAGCGAGACGGAGGACGACGACUGGUGCUAGCCUCUGGGGAUGGGGGGAGGGGGCGUAAGGAGGGACCGGAGACGGGACCGAGAGACGGGACCGAGAGACGAGGACGGGAAGCUCUGAGCCAGAGCUCCGACUGCCAAGGGGAAAACACCGUUCUCUUUCUUGCCUGUUCAAUUUUUUCCUCUCCUCCACCCGCUCGGCUCGUCCCCGGCGACGGCGGGCUGGACGGAGGUGUCAGGAUGACGGGGUGGAACAAGAAUGCCGAGGAAGCAUCUGGAGACACAAGUGGUGUAAAAAGGGGGGAGAAACCACCUCCGUGUUUCUGCUUGCAUUGUUGUUGCAUUCAUAUCUUGAUGCCAAAUAAGACCAACCUCAAACAGCAGGAGGCGACGACGGACACUCGUCUUUGUGUGUCUUAAACUACGCCUCUGGCCACGAGCUACAGCCACUUACAAGAUGUCAAAGAGUUGCGACUCGACAAAAGACAGUCAGAGACAAAAGAACGACCACCGUUUUGUUUGUUUUUUGCUUCUCGAAGCUGACUUCAGUUCAGUUAGCUGCAAAAAAAAAAGAAUCCAAUCCAACCCUCCCAGCCACAGAGUUGAAUAUUGAUGAGUUUUAUCAUCUGUGUUUUUAAAUUAAAGAACAAAAGUUGACAAUGAGCCCUCCACCUGUAUGAGGUGAGGAGGCUACGUGGGUGGGACAGUUGGGGGGGAGGGGGGGGGGCGAGAGUCCCUCAGUCAAAAUCUAGAGGACAGGACGGGUGUGUUUGGGAUGUUUUACUGCACCCUCCUCCUCCUCCUCUUCCUCCUCCUCCUCCUCCUCCCAGAAACAAUCAACCGACCUCAACCCCGUCACCGAUACGAGAGGAGAAAAACAAAAAAAAAACGUGGAGAUGGGUUUCAGAAAAAAAACAACCAGUAACUGUUUUCUGCAGUAUUUCUUCUUCUAUUCCU